CCCCUCUGCACUCAAACCACCACACCCCUCAUAUCCCUCUAUCCAAGUCAAUAUGUGCCGCAACGGUGACCCCAACUGCGGACACGGCUACAUCUGCACGGUCUGCUACAAUUGCGCUGUGCAGCCGAUGGGCUACCCGGGUGUCAACCCAUGCCCUCCUCAGCGCCCCCAGCCGCAGGUGUACUGUUAUCCGGUAUACCAGUGCCGGCCUCGUCGGUGCUAGAAUGGAGUGACAUCCCUUGUCGAGGUGGAAGCUACAUUUCAAGCCUGCGGCUGGGAGUUCACGUCAACACCAAUGCAGAGCCCUUUUUUUCACUAGCGCUACUGUCGCUGUUGUCCGCACAUCGAGCUCUUUUCUGAUAAUAUUUCUAAGCAUAUGUAGUCGUGCAAUACACAAUAAGACCCACUUUAUCUCGCGUAC